AUGUCUAAAGAAGAAACUUUUCACGAUGAAGUGGCUGGCAAGCCAGUGGACGAAAUGGUACAACGCGUAACGUUGACGGAGGAGGACAAUAAGCGCAUUUGUCGCAAGACUGACAAAACGAUUCUUCUCGUCUUGAUGUGGGUGUAUUUCCUUCAAAUACUCGACAAGUCCGUGCUGGGAUACGGUGCCACAUUUGGAUUGAAGACAGACACUGGUUUGACUGGAAACCAAUACUCCUUGGUUGGCUCCAUUGCCCCAAUUGCCCAGUUAUGUUGGCAGCCAUUCUCCUCAAUUCUCAUCGUCAAGGUCCCGCCCAAGAUUCUUAUGCCUGUGCUUUGCCUUGGUUGGGGGAUUUCACAGACGUGUAUGGCAGCAUGUCAUAACUUUAGAGAAUUGAUGGCCGCUCGCUUCUUCCUCGGGUUGUUCGAAGCUGGAUGCCUUCCUCUGUUUGGUGUUAUCACUAGUCAAUGGUACCUUCGUUCAGAGCAGCCGAUCCGUAUCGCGGCAUGGUACGGUACGAACGGACUGGCAACCAUCGUGGCAGCUGCGCUAUCAUAUGGCCUAUCCCACAUUAAGUCGGAUGUGCUGGAAUCAUGGCAAAUAAUCUUUUUGUUUGUCGGUCUCCUCACCAUCGUCUCGGCACCGGUGGUAUAUUGGCGACUGGAUAACGAUGUAUCAUCUGCCCGUUUCUUGACGGAAUUGGAGAGGGAACAGGGAAUGGAGCGCUUACUUGCCAACCAGACUGGCACAGGAAGCAAUGAGUUCAAGUUCAGCCACGUCCUGGAAGCAGUGUUGGAACCCAAAACAUACCUGUGGAUUGCAAUUACACUGCUUCUCAACGUCGGUGCCAGUGUGACCAAUACAUUUGGUCCGCUUAUCAUCGGCGGACUUGGCUAUGACAAAUACCGGACCAGUCUACUGACAAUGCCCUUUGGUGCGAUGCAGACUAUAUUGAUUCUCAUUUCCAGUUAUCUUGCCCAGACUGCACGGUUAAAGGGUGCAGUUUUCGCCGUCUUCAUGCUUCCUGUAGUCGCAGGCUUGGCCAUUCUGUACGCCAUGCCUCGUACACAAUCUGCCCAGAGCGGACUGCUCGGUGGAUACUAUCUGCUUGCAUUCAUGUUUGGUGGAAAUCCUCUGGUUGUGACCUGGAUUGUUGGUAAUACGGCUGGAAGCACCAAGAAAUCUGUGGCCAUGAGUUUGUACAAUGCUGCUAGUGCUGCUGGCAACAUUGUGGGUCCUCUUUUGUUCAAUUCAAAAGAUGCACCAUCUUAUCAACCUGGUCUACGAGGCUGUUUGGCUAUUUUUAGCGCACUGGUUGCUGCUGUACUCAUUCAAUGGGCCAAUUUGUGGUAUCUAAACAAAUCACAGGCUCGCCGUCGUGUCCGCAAUGGCAAAUCUGCCAAAAUCAUCGAUCACUCCAUGCAAAGCCAUUUCCACGGCAUCGAUGAGAAUAAGACAGAGACAGGCGAGGAAGUAGCCCAUGCAGGGGCAAAUGCCGGUAAAGAUCUCACAGAUCGUGAGAAUGAUGAAUUCGUGUAUAUUUACUAG